CCAUCACCUUUGCAAGAAGAGUUUUUGGUGAGCUAAUACCAUUCCAUUCAUCUUCAUCCUAACCAAUCCAAAACCCUCCUUCCUUCUUAUGCCCUCCGAUCUCAAUGUCCAUGCACGCCAUUGCAUCAUGUCCAUGGCUAUCCCCUUGCUGCUGUCGCUGCUGCUCGUCGGCGUCCAGGUGACCCGCCCGGCGGCGGCGGCGCUUAGCCAGGACGGCGUGCUGCUCCUCUCCUUCAAGUUCUCCCUCCUGGCUGACCCGCUCGGCUCGCUUUCCGGAUGGGGCUACGCCGACGACACGCCCUGCGCGUGGAACGGCGUCGUCUGCAUGGCGUUCCCGUCGUCGUCGUCGUCGGAGGUGGCGAGGGUUGUCAGCGUCGUCCUGCCCAACGCGCAGCUCGUCGGGCCCAUUGCCAGGGAGCUUGGCCUCAUCGAGCACCUCCGCCACCUCGACCUCUCCGGCAACGCGCUCAACGGCACCCUCCCCGCCGAGCUGCUACGCGCGCCGGAGCUCCGCGUGCUCUCGCUCGCCGGCAAUGGCAUCACGGGGGAGCUGCCCGAGCAGGUCGGCCAGCUGCGCAGCCUCCGCGCGCUCAACCUCGCCGGGAACGCGCUCUCCGGGCCCAUCCCGGCGAACCUCACCGUUCUCCCCAACCUCACGGCCGUUUCCUUGGCCAACAACUUCUUCUCCGGCGCGCUUCCAACGGGGGGCUUCCCGGCGCUGCAGGUGCUCGACGUCAGCUCCAACCUGCUCAACGGCACGCUCCCGCCGGACUUCGGCGGCGCCAUGCUGCGCUACGUCAACCUCUCGUCCAACCACCUCUCCGGCGCCAUACCGCCCGAGCUGGCGUCGCGCCUGCCGGCCAAUGUCAGCAUCGACCUGUCCUACAACAACCUCACCGGCGCCAUACCGACGCUGGCGCCGUUCACCGUGCAGAGGCCGACGGCGUUCGCGGGCAACGCCGACCUGUGCGGAAGGCCGCUCGACAGCCUCUGCGCCUUCGCUUCCUCCGCCGCGGAUCCGCCCAAUGGCACGACGAGGUCGCCGCCGGCCAUCGCUGCCAUACCCAAGAACCCGACCGAGGCACUGCCCGGGGAUGACACCGGAGCCCCGGCUUCAGGAGGGCAGGGGCGGAUGAGAAUGGCCACCAUCAUCGCCAUCGCAGCCGGCGACGUGGCCGGCAUCGCCGUCCUGGUGGUCGUGUUCAUGUACGUGUACCAGAUGAGGAAGAAGAGGCAGCAGGAGGAGGUGGCGAGGCAGAGGAUGGGCGUCGUGUUCAAGAAGCCGGAGGCCGAGGAGUCGCCGGACGGCAUCGGCCGGAGCCUGUCGUGCUGCCUGCGGAAGAAGGCCGGAGACGAGAGCGACAGCACGGAGGAGGUGACAGACACGUCGUCGGCGUCCUUCGCCGCCAAGGAGGGCGUCGUCGUGGCGAAGGCGGACGAGGCGGCGGCAGGACGCAAGAAGGGCAAGGACGGCGGCGCGGUGCUGGUGACGGUGGACGGAGACGUGGAGCUGGAGAUGGAGACGCUGCUGAAGGCGUCGGCGUACAUCCUCGGCGCGGCGGGCAGCAGCAUCGUGUACAAGGCGGUGCUGGCCGACGGCGCCGUGUUGGCGGUGCGAAGGAUCGGCAGCGAGGACGCCGGCUUGAGGCGGUUCAGCGAGUUCGACGGCCAGAUGCGCGCCAUCGCCAGGCUCCGCCACGGCAACAUCCUCCGCCUCCGCGGCUUCUACUGGGGCCCCGACGAGAUGCUCCUCAUCCACGACUUCGCCGCCAAUGGCAGCCUCGCCAACCUCUCCCUCAAGAGGAAGCAGGGGUCGUCGCCGAUCAGCCUCACUUGGAGCGCGCGGCUGCGUAUCGCGCGUGGCGUGGCGAGAGGGCUCGCCUUCCUCCACGACAAGAAGUUCGUGCACGGCAACGUCCGGCCGACCAACAUCCUGCUCGACGCCGACAUGGAGCCGCUGGUGGCGGACCUCGGCAUCCACCGCCUCGUCCGCGGCGGGGACGCGCUCAAGCCGGCGGCGGCCGCGGCGGGGCGGUUCGGGAGCAAACGGUCGGCGAAGAGCCUCCCGGACCUGUCGCCGCCACCGGGGACGAGCCCGCUGGCCGGGCCGUCGGGCUCCGGCGAGGCGGCGGCGCAGUACCAGGCGCCGGAGGGCGUAAAGAACCAGAAGGCGAACACCAAGUGGGACGUCUACUCCUUCGGCAUGGUGCUGCUCGAGCUGGUCGCCGGGCGCGCGCUGACGAGCCUGGAGCUCUGCCAAUGGAGCUCCGCGGCGGCGGCGGAGGAGAACGGGCAGCAGGUGUUCCGGCUGGCCGACGCGGCGCUGCGCGGGGAGAUGACCGGAAGGGAGGAGGCGCUGGCGAGCUGCCUCCGGCUGGGGUUCGCGUGCUGCGCCACGGCGCCGCACAAGAGGCCGUCCAUGAAGGAGGUGGCGGCGGCAAUGGACAGGAUACCGUCGCCGUCGGCGGCGUCAGCUCAGUGACGCACACGCACGCCGUUCUUCUCCAUGUCCCAAACUUGUUCGAGUCUCGUCACUUCCUUCUUGAUGCUUGUACCAUGCAUGCAUGUACUAGUUUGCUGUUCGAUGGUUUUGCCAUGAUUUUUCAGUCCGAUUUCUUUCUCAAAGGAAAGGAAAUUGGUGUGUUUUGUUCAUACCAUCAGAUUGAUUAAUUAUCUUUGCCUGUUAAUAUGAUCAUUAAUUUCCAU